CGCUCGUUCGCCCGCAUGCUCGCUACCUACGUAUCGCUAACCACAAGCGAGGCUCUCCCAGUUCAGGCAAAGUGCGAAGACCGGUACGGUCGCGUUGCGUUUCCCGCUAUCUCCGCGUAUCAGUCCGCAUGAGUUGCUCGGCGCGUGAAGGUUGACAAGACCGACCUGCCUACGACACCUCGCAGCCUACCUGCCGAUUGACCGAUCAAAGAGCAGUCGAUAGCAUUCGUCGUGAUGAGUGUGCGCGGCAAGCAAGUGCAAAAUGGUACUUACGAGUUCGAUUACAUGCGAGUACCCGAUACCAGAACUCGCUGGGAGAUCAUUCGCGAUGGCAUCUACAAUCCACAGGAGGGGACGUACUGCGGUCAUCCGCCUAAAAAAUGGGGCAUGACUCUUAUCUUCUACGCUUGCUUCUACGCCGGACUGGCGAUACUCUUCACCAUUUGCAUGAAAGGCAUGCUCGCUACGUUGAGUUACGAGAAACCCAAGUGGACUUUAAGUAGCAGCCUCAUAGGUACUAAUCCAGGCUUGGGAUUCCGACCUAUUUCGGAGAACCCCGAUGAGAGAUCACUUGUUUGGUACAACGCAACAAACGCGACCGAAAUACGAAAAUGGACGCAACGUCUGGACACAUUUUUAGAAAAUUACAUCAAUUCGUCGCUUUUGCCAAAUGGCGGUAGAAACCAACAGAUCUGCAGUUACACCAUGCCAGCAAAGUCUGGUAAUGUAUGUGCGAUCGACGUGAACAAUUGGGGACCAUGUUCUCCGAAUCAACAAUAUGGCUUCAACAACUCGGCGCCUUGCGUUUUCAUUAAACUCAACAGGAUAUAUGGAUGGAUUCCCGAGUAUUAUAACGAUACUGAGAAUUUGCCGUCCGAAAUGCCAGAAAGUCUAGUCAAAUACAUAAAGUCAGUCGACGCUUCAUGGCUAAAUACCGUAUGGGUAUCUUGCAAAGGAGAGGAUCCUCAUGACCGGGAAAGUAUCGGCGAAUUGAAUUACUACCCUAAGGGACACGGCUUCCCAGGAUUCUAUUAUCCAUACGAAAAUACUCCCGGAUAUUUAAGUCCAGUCGUCGCCGUCCAUUUUCUUCGGCCACGAAGGAAUCAGAUCAUCAACGUAGAGUGCCGGGCAUGGGCGAAGAAUAUCAAAUACAGUUCAUAUAGAUCCGAAAAAAAGGGUGCCGUACACUUUGAACUGAUGGUCGACGAAUGAUUGUACGUCACAAUCGUCGAGAUUGUCCUCGACGCGUCCUCCUGAUUUCAUAAGUUUAUUGUUCGAAUAAGAAAUCGUGCACGAAACGAAAGAUCCGAACGUACGUUAAAUGUAUCAGACUACGCUUUGGAGAUUGAGGAUUGCAAAUUGAAGAUUAGAAUUUGACCAAUCCGAACGAAACAGAUUAAAAAAUUAAACUUAUCUGAUUCGUUGAAUUCUAAUAAUGUUCAAUUCGUAAUCAAUCUCCAAUAUGUAGUCUGAACACGAACGUUAGCAAAUACUAUAUAAUAGGUGUCUGGAUUUUUGAUCAUAAUGACGGACAAUCGCUCGUGCCUAGAAAAAAUUAGUAGGUUAAUAAAUUUGUUAUUUUUUAGAGAUAUUGUUCAUAUAAUUAACCAAUUGAAAUUCUUGCUUAUCAAUACACUAGUUUGAAUUUUUAAUCUUAAUAGAUAAUUUUCUGUUGUUUCUUUUAAAGUAUUGCUUUGACGAAAAGAUUGUCUCUUGUUAAUUUACAGAUAUGUACAAAAGAAUAUUAAUGAUAGGAAGAUAUAUAGAAUAUGACUAACUUUUAUUCGACGAAAAUGUCAUAAAUUCAUCAUGUAUCAUUUAUUGCACAUAAUUUUCGAUAUUAAAAACGAAAAGUUGAACAAGU